GCAAAUUUCAGAAGACCGUGGGGGCAGCAGGAAGAGGCGGGGGAUCUCUGAGUCCGGGCUGGCUACAUGCAAGGACUCCUGGGGGUGAUGCUGCUGCCGGGGGCUGAACUGGAGGGGAGAGAAACCUCAGCACAGCACAGAUGAACCACAAACCGACUGCACACGAUCCCCGACCUACAGACCUGCACAGAGCGACUCUGGACUAAAGGCUGGUUCCUGGGGGUAUCCCCAGAGGUGGGCAGGGGACUGAAUGUGUGCUGAAUGUAUGUACCCCAGCGGUACGGACCACUACCUGUUCGUUUGCCCUCGAAGUGUAUGUUGUUAUACUUUGGGUGUCUAUUAGGGCUGUGCGAAGCUUCAGUAGCUGAUUUGAUUAGGAGGAGAUUCGGCCCGAUUUGGCGGCCAAAUGUCUGAAUCCGAAUUGAAUCCGGAGACCUAUCAAAAGGUCCAGAUCAAAUCAGAAGCCUCCGAAUCAAUGUGGAGAGAUUCGGAGAGAUCUGGAGAUUCGGAAGGCAUGCAGCAAACAAAAACUGAGAAGAAGGAGGGGGAUGGGGUGAUCUUUCACAUAUGGAAAAGGCUGAGAGGGGGUAGUGUAGUGUGGGAUCAUUUUGAGGUGGGAGAGGAUCCCAGGUAUGCUACCUGCCAGCACUGCCAAAGGCAGAUCAGCCGGGGCAAGGAAGUGAAACACUUUGCCACUACGGCAAUGCUGCUGCAUCUCAAGAGGAAGCACCCCCUUGCCCUUGUUCCUCCUCAGCCUGGCGCUAGUGGGAAUGUGCCCAAAAAGAAGUCCCCCUCUUGCUCCAAAGCCCCCGUCCCCAAGAAGCACAGGCUGGCCACCCUGGAGCGGUGGGGGAAAGGCGGGCACACAGCGGGGCGCAUUCCCAAGGCGAGCGAGCUCACCCAGAGCAUUGGGGAGAUGCUCGCUCUGGAUGGCCAGCCCUUCUCCUUUGUUGAACGUCCAGGGUUUAGGCAGCUCAUGGCGCUCAUGGCCCCAUCGUACCAAGUGCCCACAUGCACUACUUUCAGCAGGACGGUGGUGCCCUCCAUGUAUGAGGCAUGCAGGGAGUACUUGAAGGAGGAGCUGCGCAAGGCAGGUCCGCAGGUAACCUUGCACUUCACCUCGGACAUCUGGAGCAGCUGGGGUGGAGAUCAUGCCUACCUUUCCCUCACAGGGCACUGGUGCGAUCAGGCAGGGCGUCGAUGGGCUCUCCUUCAAGCGGAGGUGCUGGAUGAGUCCCACACAGCAAGGGAGAUCGUGGGGGCCAUGAACCGCAUGGUGCAGGGGUGGCUCAUUGGGCAGGGCGAGCUCACCCGUGGGUUCAUGGUUACCGACAAUGGGGCCAAUAUGGUCAAGGCGGUGCGUGAUGCCAACUUUGUUGGCAUCUGUUGUGUGGCACACAGGUUCCACCUCAUAGUCAGGGACGCCUUGGAGGGGGACAGGGGUGCCGGUGACAGCGCCAGCACCACCAGCAAGCUUAUUUCCAAAUGCAGGAAGGUGGCAGGCUACUUCCACCAGAGCAUCAAGGGGGGCAAGAUGCUGCAGGAAAAACAGGCAGAGCUGAGCAUCCCGCAGCACAAAAUCAUGCUGGAUGUGGAGGCUCGGUGGAGCUCCACAUACAUGAUGCUGGAAAGGCUGGUGGAGCAACAGAAGGCCAUCCAUGAAAUGGCCUUGCUUGAGGAGAUUGGGAUCAGUGGCCCCCUUAACAAAACGGAGUGGGAUACCAUCUCCCAGAUCUUGCUGGUCCUCAAACCGUUCCUCGAGGCCACCGAGAGCCUCAGCACUGGAGAUGCCCUCCUUAGCCAGGUGAUCCCUGUAGUGAAGGAGCUUGAGAAUCGAAUGGAGAAGUUCCAGGGGAUCAAUGUUCCUGGCUGGGGCAGGCCGCUUUCCCCAGACGUGCAGGCACUGGUGAGGCGGAUGAAGGAGGGCAUCAGGCGACGGCUGGAUCCCUUGCGGUCCAGUACGGUCCACGUGCUGGCCGCCAUGUGUGACCCAAGGGUGAAGGGGAGCGUUUGCAGCAGCCAAACCCUCGAUCACUGGACGGAGGUGCUGGUGAACAGAGUCAGGGAGGCAGAAAAGCAGAGGCAGGGGGACGUGGAAGAGGGGGAUCCACUUUCCCAUGCCAGCGCUCCAACCACCAGCCAAUCUUCUUCACCACAGCCGCUGCCAAUGUGGGCCAAGGGGGUGGCUUCAAUGCUGGGGUCCAGAGGCACCAGACCCCACCAUCAGGCAGGCAGCGCGGCGGCCUCGGUGACUAUCUAUCUCGAUGAGGACGUGGAGCCGCUGGACUGUGACCCCUUGGCCUAUUGGGCAACCCGCAGCCAGAUGUGGCCGGAUCUGGCCACGGUUGCCCGCGAACACCUGUCCUGUCCACCGGCCAGCGUGCCGAGCGAGAGGGUGUUCAGCAUUGCUGGGGAUGUUGUGAGACCCCACCGCACCUGCUUGGAUCCUGCUUUGGUGGAGCAGCUGGCGUUCUUGAAAGUGAACCUCCCGCUGCUGGGGUUCCCCAAGCUCCAGGUACAGACGGAGUGAGUGCCACCCUCCUCGCUUCGCACCUGUUUGCUUUUUUAAUUUGCUUUCUGAAACUUGCGGUGCACUUUCACAGAAACCCCUGCACCACUCUGCCCGAAGCCUGGCAGGCCUCAUGCCUGCACAAAGGGCUACCAUCCCUGCUGUUUUCAUCCCGCUCUGCCUUAACACACGCAAGUGAUGCAAAUUUUGCUUUCAACAGUUUGAGAUGCACUUUCACAGAAACCCCUGAACCUAUCUCCUUGAAACUUGGCAGGCUUCGUGCCCUCAGAAGAGGUGACCAUCCCUGCUGUUUUCAUCUGAAUCUGCAGAAAAAAUGGCAAAGUUAUAGGUAUUUUAGUGAUUCCCCAUUAUAGUCUAUGGCUGAAUCUCCCAACUGGCGCCAAAUCUCCAAAUCCGAAUUGAAUCAGGACAGUGAUUCAAAUCACCGAAUUGAAUCCUUGUCCCUCCAGAUCAGCUGAAUCCAAAGCAAAUGCUGCUUCGCACAGGCCUAAUGCCUAUGUACUUGUAUUUGUCCCUUCCCGUUGGCCUGUUGGCUUGUGACUCUAACCCCUAAGACGCUUGAUAUAAAGUAAAUUUGGCUGUAGUGAUUGUGCCUGACACUGCAGGGGUUUAUUACACUGGUGGCAGCGGUGGUCACAGGCCAUAAGGCACCGGGCAAACUGUUGUAUUGAGUGCAUAGUUUUGUCAUUGUGUGGGCUUUGAGCAGGGGGAGUGGGAGGAGUGCCCCACGCGGGGAAGGGAGACACAGAAGCCCCAUCUCCUGGUUGAAGGCUCAUAUUCAAUCCUGUACCCUAUAGUGGGGAACAACAACAGUGGGACAUCUAGCAUACACAAUUUGAACUGGCAGCUCAGGUAAAUGAAUGGGAUGAGGCUGGCAAGCUAGACUUCCUAGGUCUGCUACUUACAGGGAAGGCUGGGGCUGUUGUCUGCUAGCGGCUCGUCAGUGAAACCAAGCAGGACCACGAAUGCUUAAUAGAGGCCCUCAGGGAAGCUUUUGAACCAGCUGCAGAUCCUGGCUGGGCUAGUAUGGCUUUCAGUACACGAGUAAGGGCACCCAAUGAGUCGGUCCAGGACUUUGGCUUAGUGCUCAGACAAUUAGCUAUCAAGGCCUUCCACAGUUUAGCUCAGACAUACAUGACAUACUGGCCUGGGACCAUUUCAUCGAACACACUUGCAGUGGGGAGAUAAAGGCUCAGCUUUGGCUGGGAAGACCCAAGAGCCUGGAGGCAGCCAUACACCUUGCUACUAACUUGGAGCUGGCAAGGGCAGAUGUGAGGCCCAAGCCCCAAAGAAAAUGAGGCCAGAGUACAUGUACAUACUAAAGAAGAGGAGCCAGCAGUGCACACCCUGACCCCAGAACUGUCAGUCCUGCAAGCAAUAAUGGAGACUAUGCAGAAACUUAAGGGUGGAAGGGACAAACUCCACCAACCUCUGGAAAGUCGGGGCCCAAACAGACGUGGCAGUGGGGGACCGCCUAGACCACGGCCGUUGGGGUUACAACAAGAGACUGCUGGUGGGUGCUGGCACUGUGAUGGCCGUGACCAUUUCUGGAGGGACUGUCCUGAGAAAAGGUGACGUCCCAGGUAGGGAAACUGAGGCAGGCAGUGUUUAAGUGCCCAUCCACUGCUGAUACCCCCCGAGGCCCACAGGAGGGUCUAGUAGUCGUUGGGUCUGCAGGUUUGGGGUAUUACCUGGAAGGAAAGCUAGGAAAGGUCCCUUGCCAAUUUAUCAUAAUUUCAGGUGCCAGGUAUCCCUUGCACAUGGCCAAGUAUGGGCACAAGCUAGAACUGGGACAAAAAGGGACCUACGACCCUGUAGCCUAGUAGUCAAGCUAGCCACUGGGGAAACACUCCCAAUCCUGGAGGAGUGGGGUAUGACCAUCUGCUCCCAAGACCUGCAGCUUCCAUGCACAUUCCUUGUAUUGAAAGAUGCCAGGCAAGACGCCUUGUUGGGAACUGAUCUCCUAAAACAGUUCCAAGUCACCAUAAACUUUGCUGACUGUUCCUGUUCCUUGCUGGGACGAUGUUUUCCCCUGUCCACUACACAUAGUCAAACUGAAGUGUGUGAAAUGGUAGUGGAGGGGAGUUGGACAGUACCUCCUAGAAGUGAAAUGAUGAUCAUGGGCAUAUUGAAGAGAUGGUGCCAGAGGGAGGAGGAAGGAGCGUUUGUUUGAACCUAAGCCUAACAAGGAAUUGGGGCUCCUGGUGGGAACUAUUCCAUCACAUAUGCGACCUUUUAGAGAUUACUAAAACCCACACCACUCCCUAUCACCCCCGGUCUGAUGGACUAGUGGAGAGGUUCAACCGCACGCUAGUUGGCAUGCUAUCCUUUCUGAUUCAAGAUAACCAGACGACAUGGGAUGAGAUACUCCCAUAUGUCAUGAUGGCCUACCAGAGCAGUCGUCCACAGGGUACACACCGUACGUGGUGUUGUUUGGGUGGGAGAUUUGUCUGCCUGUUGAUGUUGUCUCCAGGACAAAUGUGUUGGAAGAAUUCAACAAUCCUUUGGAAGACGUUACAAAAGUGGCAGGGUACCUCAGCUCCAUUAGCCACGCUGUCAGGACACAUCAGGCUACAGCUACACAAAGGCAAAGAGAGCACUAUGACCUCAGGCCAGAUGUGCGAGCCAGGGGAGCUGGUGUGGGUAUGGAACCAACCAAGGCGGCGGGGUCAGCGCUGGAAGCUCUGCAAGAAGUUCGAUGGCCCCUAUAGAGUUGUCAAGAAAUUGUCAGCGGUGCUAUGUGAGCUGGCGAACAGGACCAGCAGACAAACAUUGGUAGUGCACUAUAAUUGGAUGAAACCCUAUACAUGCACAUGGAACAGAGACCCUGGACCUAACAAGGGGGCUAGGAAGGCCUGUUCAUCAACAACCAAGACGCCUGCCACCAAGCCACUACCAGAGGCCUCCUAAUCAAACCAUCACCAAUACAGCCCCAAAUACAUCCAAUGGCAUGCUGCCAGAGGGUGCUCCUAGGUCAGAGACGGUUGGGUGGGACCCGCGGCCUGCAGGGGAUGAUGAUAGUGAAGAGGAGUGGGUGGGGAGUGGGGAAGGUCAGACCUGGGUAUGACCAAAAGUGCCCACAACCCACUAGAGCCAGUGGGUGCUCCUGCUCCUGAAUGCCCAGGCAGACCACAGGAGUGGAGACCCCCCAGGCUUAGUGACUACAUGACAUGACCCAAGUAGGAUGUGGGGGUGCAUCCAUUUAAAGAGGGGGGGGCAAUGUAAUGUAUGCAUCGUGUAAUGUAAUGCAUUGUGUGCACCGAAAAUGUGAUAUGAGUGUGUGACAGAAGGGGAGCAACCUUGUGGAGGCGUGCUGACCAACCAAAGAGUACAAAUCCCAGAGGCACCUGGAAGCAGGAAGUGAUGAGAAAUGUGCGGAGCCCUGCUCCUGGACUGCAAAUCUUGGAAGACCUUGGGGGCAGCAGGAAGAGGCUGGGGAGCUCUCUGAGUCCGGGCUGGAUAUGUACCAGAGCUGCUGGAGCUGCCCUGGGCUGAACUGGAGGGGAGAGAAACCUCUGCACAGCACAGAUGAACCACAGACUGACUGCACGGGACCUACGGACCUGCACAGAGCGACUCUGGACUAAAGGCUGGUUCUUGGGGGCAUCCCCAGAGGACUUUCUCUGCUUCUGUGAAGGAUAAAGGCUGCUCCUCGGGUAUCGUCUGCUUUUCAGUCACUCUGUGCUUACAGUCUGUGUAGGCAGCCCAGCUCGCUCCUUUGAAGCUGCAGUGACAGGGAGCUCAGAGCAGGCUGCAAAACCUGCUAGGGAAGCUGACUGAAUACUUGGGCUGAGCUCAGGUUACACUCCCAGCAGCACCCAAAUUUAGCUACUAUAUAUAAAGCUAGCUCUGCUAGGCCUACACUAGCCACAGCAGUGGCCAUAGUGUCACCAUACCCUGAGUAUUUGGGAUGGUGCUUCUGCUUUCCAGAUCUAGUGUUGUCAGGAAAGUGAACAGAAAGGACUGAGAGCCCCCAGAGGAAAAUCAGUGCCUUUACAUCCAGGGGUUCUUAAUCACCUUUAAAUCCUUUCUUCUUGCAUCUUGUAGUAUGUCCAUUUGUUGAACAAAUGAGCACAACAUAUUUUGAAAACAGAUUUCCAGGUUGAAAUGUAGUCCCCUAGCCUUUUAAUCCUAACAUAGCCAACAAUCAACCGAUCGAUCAAUCCCGGCCCCAUCCUCCAUCCCCAGUCCCCAAUCCCAGUGUCACACGUUGCAAAUUUGGCUGCAUGAUCUUGCCUCCAGCCCACCAAAGGUGCACUCUAGCACCAUCCUGCACCUGGGAAGUAUGUAAGUGUUUUCUCAGGGCCCUGGGAAAGGUGCAGUUUCAUGAGCCACAGCAGAAACGAGGAGGUGGAGUCCCUCAAAAUAUCAGGGCACCAGCACACUAUUUAAAACAAUGUGAUUGGGGGAAUGAGAGCUCAAUUUGUCUAAAUGUCUAGAGUCUUCUCAAUACCUUGGCAUCACACACUCUCCCUCUUCUCCUCACAUUGAUGUUUAUAAGCUUACCUUGUAGUUCACCAAGACUGGCAGAACCAGAUGGCAGACUAUAGGGAAUAGGUGGUCCAUCAGUGUCCCCAUUCUCAGAAAGCCAGCUUUUAUUCCAGGAAUAUUUCUUAUGCCCACCACCUCUGGUAAGGCACAUAAAGAAUGGUAUUGAAAAGCUUCAUCCAGUGAUAGCAACUUAGUUCUGCACCAGGAUAGCUCUGGUGGAUCAGGGCAAACUCCUCACAGAGCUCCCUGAAAGGCAUCUGGCUCAUGCAGAUGUUCUGGAGCCCACUCCCAGGCUGCAUCCUAGGCCUGCAAGUUCAUAGAAAGCAUUGUGAUUGUAUCAUGUGGUGCUCCAGAACUGCGGUUGUACACAUGCGAACUGUGCAGAAGUUGCAAGAAUCCUCAUCAGCAACUGCUAGUAGGGUAAACUUUUGACUGAGUUGGUUUAGAUGGGGUCCAUCCUGCUUUGAUCAGGGGGCUGGACUAGAGGUCCUUCUGGGAUGCCUUCAGCCCUGUUUUUCUAUGAUUCUAUGAUCAUGUCUGCUUAAUCUGCCACAAAUGCAUUGUCCUCCUUCAAGUUCAUCAACCCUCCAAAUUCAAUAAGGCCUGAAAAGCCAUCAAGCAUCUCUGCAGGUCAAAAGUUUAUGCUCUUCUGUAGAUGCAUCCAAUCAGCAGCAAUGCCUCUAAUAGAUCCAUGACUUGGCCAAGUGGUAUGAGCAGCUCAUAGUGAGAAGCUUGUAGAGAUGGAAGAGCUUCACAUGAUGGUGAGUUAAAAUCAUAUUGCUCUUGUGCCUGUCAAGGAAAGACAAGUUUUCCCGUAAUACACCACAGCCCAAUUCAAAGAAAGGCUCCAUUAUAUAUGCCAAUAGAAAAAUCUAUGAUACACCAGUCUGCCUACAAGGAACUGCCCCGUAGAUGCUGUUGUGUAGGGUGUAACAUGUACAGCAAUACACGGACAUGGACUUCCUUGGCUUGAGCUCUCAUGGGUUUGAGCCAGGGUGCAAACAAGUAAUGCAAGUUGCAUGCAAGAAAAGAUGGUAGCAUAAUUCUGUGUAAAAUCCAUAACGCAAUAACACUUUGCUGUCCCCACAAUAAGCCCUCUAUACCUUUUGAGGUAGGAAGCAAUUCCAAAGCUUUGCUCUGUGGAUAGACAGAAGGGCACUGCCAAAUAUCACAGCAGGAGAAGUGCUCUCCAGACCUAUCCGUUCUUGUGCCCGUUAGUUCUGGAAUAACAUUCCUCACAGAGCCCCCUAGUUCUGAUGUGCUGGGUAAAUGCGCGCCCUUCCUUUUUGUUGUUCUCUCUACUAGAGGGGAAGAUCCAAAAACUCCUGCAGUGUCACUAUGAGGACUUUACAAUCCGUUUUGGCCACCUCCUGCUGAUCCAUAGUACUUAAUGGGAGACAAAGACAAGGAAAGAAAUGCAUAAUUCGAGCUUCUUGGUGUCCAGCAAAGCCCAUCCUUUUAUAAGAGCUUAUAGGGGGGAUGCAUUUUCAUGAGCUGCAUGAUAACCCAUGAUAGUGAAGUUGGAGUCUGAGGGGCAGUGUUUGUCCUGCCUGGGUAAUUCGACAACGGAUUUCAUUACACUGUAAAUUCCAGAAACUGGUGGUGGGGUGUUUCAAACAAAAUGGGAUACCUAAGGUUUGGGUUGGCGAUUUUUAAAGUUGUAAAUCAGAGAUUAAAUUGUAGCAAAACCCCCAGUUUUUCUUUUUUUUUUUUCUUUUAAAAUGUAUUCCCUCCCAUUCCCCAACCAUUUCUGACUUUUUCUCUCCCUCUCUAUUCCAUAUAGAUAAGUAUAAGUAAGCUAAGAUGUAAGAUAAGCUUUAACAUUUUAUUUUAGGUAGUAUGUUUUAUUUUUCUCUCCUCUCUUUGCAAAUAAGUGCCCUGCUAUUUUGAUAUAGAUAUCCACUGUUUUAUAAGUGAUAAUUAUUAUGUUUGUAUUGAUAUUUCACUGCUUUUCUAUUGUGUGAUUACUGUUUUAGGCCUAAAUAUGUAAGUUAGCAUUAAUCAUGUCAAGUUUCCAUUUUGUUUGUCAAGUUACCAUCUUAUUUCCCAGGCCCUGUUGUGUAACCUAUGACUCAUACUACCCUUCCUAUGUAACUUGGUUCCUGAAUGAAUGGGGAUGAAUGAAGGUGCUUGAGAGACAAUGGCAGUAGGUCUAAAAAUAGCUCCCUCUGAAUGACUGAACCAUCAACACCAAUACCUGGACCAACACCCAGCCCUUGAAACCGCCCUCAGCAUUCAAGAAACAAAAGAUGAGGCAGCCCACCAUUGUGCCAAGGCUGCACAUGCUCAGGAAGAACACCUGGAGCCCUCUGGGACAGGACUGACAUUGCCUGGACAGGCCCUCCCCAUAGGAGAUCAGAGGUAGUCUGCCCAUAAAAGGGGUAGUGAAGACUGACUUCUUGGGACACCCUCUUCAUCUGGACCAGCACCACGCCACACCACCUAUCCACCCAGAGGCCCUGCCAGUGACCCCCACCUACUGGACAAAGACCCCUUUCCAGCCUGGAUAGGUAGCUAUCACCCCCAUCCUCUCAUCAACCAAGGACUUGGACUCUGCUUCUCUUCCCUACCUGGACUCCAACCCUUCCUCUGAGUCUCUUUCUCCUGCUGCCAGUGUGUGUGUGUGUGUGUGUGUGUGUGUGUGUGUGUGUGUGUGAGAACCAAUAACUUCAUGGGGCUGUGUAGUGUGUUGUCUGUUUAAUAAACUUCUUAUUUUGAAACCCUGA